AUGGCGGAUGAAACUGUGUCGAAAGUGGAAUCAAAUCUUCAUAAGCAAGAUUUAUCAACACUUGAUGUUACAAAGUUAACUCCUCUUUCGCCAGAAGUUAUCAGUAGACAAGCCACAAUCAAUAUAGGAACAAUUGGCCAUGUAGCUCAUGGAAAGUCUACAGUUGUGAAAGCUCUUUCUGGAGUUCAAACUGUAAGGUUUAAAAAUGAAUUGGAAAGAAAUAUUACUAUUAAAUUAGGUUAUGCAAAUGCCAAAAUCUACAGAUGUGACAAUGAAAAAUGUCCCAGGCCAACAUGUUACAUAUCUGGAGGGUCAUCCAAAGAUGAUAGCUUUCCAUGCUUAAGGCCUAACUGCAAAGGAUAUUUUCAGUUGGUUAGACAUGUUUCUUUUGUUGAUUGCCCUGGUCACGACAUUCUCAUGGCCACUAUGUUGAAUGGAGCAGCUGUAAUGGAUGCAGCAUUGUUAUUGAUAGCCGGUAAUGAGCCAUGUCCUCAGCCUCAAACUUCUGAACAUUUGGCUGCGAUAGAAAUUAUGAAACUUCAUCAUAUUUUGAUACUUCAAAAUAAAAUUGAUCUUGUCAAAGAAGGUCAAGCUAAGGAGCAAUAUGACCAAAUAUUAAAAUUUGUUCAAGGAACAGUCGCAGAAAAUGCUCCUGUCAUACCUAUUUCAGCUCAGCUCAAAUACAAUAUUGAAGUCCUUUGCGAAUAUGUGACGAAAAAAAUUCCAAUUCCUUUGAGAGAUUUUUCAGCACCUCCUAGAUUAAUCGUUAUUAGAUCUUUUGAUGUUAAUAAACCUGGUUGUGAGGUUGAAGAUUUAAAAGGUGGAGUUGCUGGUGGAAGUAUUCUUCAAGGUGUUUUAAAGGUUGGAAUGGAAAUCGAAGUACGACCUGGUGUCGUUUCAAAGGACAGUGAGGGAAAACUCACUUGCAAACCAAUUUUUUCAAGAAUAGUGUCACUAUUCGCUGAACAAAAUGAAUUGCAAUAUGCAGUUCCUGGAGGUUUAAUUGGUGUGGGUACGAAAAUAGAGCCAACACUUUGCAGAGCCGAUCGUUUAGUCGGUCACGUGCUUGGUGCUGUUGGAUGCCUUCCACAAAUAUUCAUUGAACUUGAAAUUUCAUAUUACCUCUUAAAAAGGCUUUUAGGUGUUCGAGUAGAGGGAGACAAAAAAGGAGCUAGGGUGCAAAAACUAUCGAGACAUGAAAUUUUACUUGUCAACAUUGGAUCCCUUUCGACGGGAGGCCGGGUUUUAGCUACAAAAGCAGAUUUAGCCAAAAUUAGUUUGACUAAUCCAGUUUGUACAGAAAUAGGAGAAAAAAUUGCAUUGAGUAGGAGAGUGGAAAAACAUUGGAGAUUGAUCGGUUGGGGUCAAAUACGUGGUGGGGAAACAAUUAAUCCAAUUAUCGACCACAAUCCUAACAAAUAA